AUGCCGUCAUUAAACCACAAUGGAGUGGAUAUUGAGGAUGACCCCACUUGCUCAUGGCCAGCUUCAUCACCUUCCAACAAAGACCAGACUUCACCAAGCCAUGGAGAAGGUUGUGAUUUUGGUGAGGAAGAGGGUGGCCCAGGAUUGCCUUAUCCGUGCCAGUUCUGUGACAAGUCGUUCAGUCGGCUCAGCUACUUAAAGCAUCACGAGCAAAGUCACAGCGACAAGCUCCCUUUCAAAUGCACAUAUUGCAGUCGCCUCUUUAAACACAAGCGGAGCAGAGAUCGCCAUAUAAAACUUCACACGGGAGACAAGAAGUAUCACUGCAGUGAAUGUGAUGCAGCAUUUUCAAGGAGUGAUCACCUUAAAAUUCACUUAAAGACUCAUACAUCCAACAAGCCAUAUAAAUGUGCCAUUUGUAGACGUGGAUUCCUUUCGUCUAGUUCACUGCAUGGUCACAUGCAGGUUCAUGAGAGAAACAAGGAUGGUUCUCAGUCUGCCUCCAGGAUGGAGGAGUGGAAAAUGAAAGACACUCAGAAAUGCAGUCAGUGUGAAGAAGGCUUUGAUUUCCCUGAAGAUCUUCAGAAACACAUAGCAGAAUGCCACCCCGAGUGUUCCCCUAAUGAAGACAGGGCUGCUCUUCAAUGUAUUUAUUGCCAUGAACUCUUUGUAGAGGAAAGUUCUCUUGUAAAUCACAUGGAGCAGGCUCAUAAUGGCGAAAAGAAGAAUUCAUGCAGCAUUUGCUCAGAGAACUUCCAUACCGUGGAAGAACUAUACAGCCACAUGGAUAGUCACCAGCAACCUGAAUCAUGCAAUCAUAGCAACAGUCCUUCUUUGGUAACUGUUGGCUACACCUCAGUAUCUAGCACCACUCCAGAUUCAAACCUCUCGGUGGACAGUUCAACAAUGGUAGAAAUGGCUCCGCCAAUAACAAAGGGUCGUGGAAGAAAGCGGGCAGCCCAACAAGUACCAGAUAUCACUGGUCCUUCGAAUAAGCAAGCAAAAGUUACCUAUAGCUGCAUUUUUUGCAACAAACAGUUAUUUUCAAGCCUUGCUGUUCUGCAGAUACACCUGAAAACUAUGCAUUUAGAUAAACCUGAACAAGCGCAUAUCUGUCAGUAUUGUUUGGAGGUGUUACCUUCACUUUAUAAUCUGAAUGAACAUCUUAAGCAAGUCCAUGAAGCUCCAGACCCAGCACUGAUUGUUUCUACCAUGCCUGCCAUGGUCUACCAGUGCAACUUCUGCUCUGAAGUAUUUAAUGACCUCAACACUCUUCAGGAACAUAUCCGAUGUUCUCAUGGGUUUGCAAACCCUGCUGCUAAAGACAGUAAUGCAUUCUUUUGUCCCCAUUGCUACAUGGGAAUAACUCUUGGAGGAUGGGGGUUGACUUCUGUAUGUAUAUACCUGUAUUAUUUUUCUGCAAUGCUCACUUUCAAGGUGCCUGAAAUUGGACAAUCUGUUUUCAGGAAAACUGCUGGUAAAGGUAUAUGGAGUGAGUUUUGA